UGAGAGCUAGACCUUGUGUAAAGAGCGCUUAUCACACCACAAGGUCAGCUCAUUCACACGAGAACAGGCUCGUCUCAGUGUCUCUUCGUCACUGAUCCGAGGCGCUGUUGUCUUCGUCGAUAUUAAAUAAGAUGGACCAACCAACUUUUGUAGAGGGCUUCCAUGACCCAGAGGCUGUCAAGAAGAUGACAUACCAUCCUCUGGGUAACACAGGGAUGCAGGUGUCCCGCUUAUCCUUAGGCGGUGGACCCAUUGGAGGGCUCUACGGGAGUACUUCGGAGGCAGAGUGUGUGAACAUGGUACACUCUGCCCUUAAAAGCGGCGUGAACUAUAUCGAUACUGCUCCUUGGUAUGGUAAUGGCAGGAGCGAGGAGGUACUGGGGAAGGCCCUGAAGGACGUGCCUCGCAGCGCCUACUACAUCGGCACCAAGAUCGGCCGCUACGAGCCCUGUGUGGAGCGCAUGUUCGACUUCUCCGCCGAGCGAGUCGCCAGCAGCGUCGACCUCAGCCUCAAGCUCCUCGGCCUCGACUACGUUGACGUCAUCCAGGUUCAUGAUCUUGAGUUUGCCGAGAGCUUGGACCUAAUACUGAAUGAGACACUGCCGGCGCUGCAGAAGGUCGUGGAACAGGGCAAAGCGAGGCAUAUCGGCAUCACAGGCUAUCCUCUGAGCAUACUGAAGCAGGUGGUGGAGAGAUCCAGCGUGAAGAUCGAGGUGGUGUUGUCCUAUGCACGGAACACGCUCAUCGAUGACGUCCUGAAGGAGUAUAUGCCUUCUUCAGAUUCGUCAAACUAUUAUCCUCAGUCUCGGAAUAUCGGAGUAAUCAGCGCCUGCGCAGUGGCGAUGGGCCUCCUGUGCGAGGGCGAACCUCCCGAAUGGCAUCCCGCGCAACAGGAGAUCAAGGACGCCUCGAAACUCGCCGCCAAGUUCUGCAAGGACGCGGGCAGCGACUUGGCUCGUCUGGCCGUGCAGUUCUCGGCCAGCACGGAGGGCGUGGCCACACACCUCAUGGGCUCCAACGACAGUCGCAUCUUCAGACGUAAUCUGGAGGCCAUCCUCUCAACACCUACCGCUCACGAAGUCGAGCUCUCCCAACAAGUGCAAGAAAAGUUCUUCCAAAAGCUGUCGAAGCGAGAGUGGGAAGGCGUCAGCGAGGUCGAGUACUGGGAGGAAAUGAGGAAAAUACAGGCGGGAAAACGCUAAAGGAACCAUUUAAAAAGAAAAGAG